GACUUUAAUAAAUAUUUUUCUGAAUUCAAUGCUGUUUACUUUUCCAACACACUCCACUCCACCCUUUAUAUUCUUUGCCCCCUGCCACAACCUUCAAACAAACACAAAAAUGGCACUUUCAAUUUCCUCUUGCAGCUUCAUCCUAUUUACCCUAUUUUUCUCUUUGAUUAUACAAGAGAGUUGUGCUAGGAAGAUAAACAAUAUCAUGGAAGUUGAAAAGUCUCACCAUGAAGAGGAACACAAUUCUCAUAAGGAUCAUCAUCUUCAUCAAAAUCAAAAUCAAAUAGAGCCUGAAUUGAACGUAUUUUUCGUUCCGAACGAUUUAAAACUCGGGAAAAGAAUGCCGAUUUAUUUCUCCAAAAAAGAUUCAUCAAAAUCUCCGAAAUUUCUCCCUAAAGAAGAAUCCGAUAAAAUCCCUUUCGCGAUAGAGAAGCUCCCUCUCCUUCUGGAUUUCUUCGCCAUACCAAAAGAUUCACCACAAGCCAAAGCCAUGAAAUACACCAUUGAUCAAUGUCAGUUUGAACCAAUGGAAGGUGAAACCAAAUUCUGUGCAAAAUCGCUGGAGUCAUUGUUCGAGUUUGCGAACUCCAUGUUUGGUUCAAAUUCAAACUUCAAAUUUUUGACCACAAAACAUGUCACAGAAUCCACUGUCCCUUUACAGAACUACACAAUUUCUAAAGUAAACAAAAUCACAGCUCCUAAUGCUUUUGGAUGUCACCCUAUGCCAUACCCUUUUGCGGUAUUCUAUUGCCAUACACAAAAGGGUGAUGCGAAUUUGUAUGAGAUUGUUGUUGAAGGUGAAGAUGGUGGAACGGUUGAAGCUGCCGCAAUUUGUCAUAUGGAUACUUCUAAAUGGGACGCCGAUCAUGUCGCCUUUCGUGUUCUUAAUACUCGGCCGGGAAAAUCUCCGGUGUGCCAUUUUUUUCCUUCUGAUAAUCUAGUUUUGGUUCCUAAUAAAUAAUUGUAAUUGUUAUGUGUAUGAAAAACUUGUCAACUAUAAUAAAAUAGAGCAUCUUGAUGCAAAACUUCCUAAUAAAAAUGAUGUUUUGGUGUGA